UGAGUUUCAAGGCAUCAUUCGCGCAGCAGGGCUACGUCCUAGCCUCUCUGAUCCAGACUGCUACAGACGAAUGGUAGGCAAUAUCUCCGGUUAUUUCCGAGCAAUGACCGAUGUUAGCGCUGAGCACGACAAGUUCACUGCCAUGAAGCAGAAUCAUGGAGAAUCCGCAAUAGCUUUCCGUGCCAGAUUGGUAUCGCAAGUUCGAUUGUGUAAAUACAGCGAGGAGGAUCAAAUUCGUUUCGUCAGAUCACAGCUUCUGAAGGGAAUGUCCAACAGAGAACUGGCGAGGACAGCACGAAUGUUCAACUAUGACACCGAGUUUGUGGUUCAGUCAGCUACGCGCUGUGAAGCCUUUGAAGAAGAGACAAACGAGUCUGGCAGCAAAGUGCUCGCCGUUGGAGCUUCGUCGUUAAAAUAUCGGCAGACCGGAAAACGUACGCAUCAAGUGACCGGAAAGCAACUAAAUGAACAUCGUAUAGAACAGCGGCAGAACGACUCCCGAUCCAACCAAACGUUCCAAGGUCCACCAUCUAAGCGCCUAAACAUGGGGAGACAAGGAAAUGGUACAGAUUUGAGUAAGCUGGGUAGACGGAGUAGAUGCUCACGGUGUGACCGCCCUGCCCAUAGAGGAAGACAAUGUCCAGCCUUGAAUAAAAAUUGUCGCCGCUGUGGUAACAUAACAUUAUUAAACGAUCAGUAA